AUGGAUCCAUCACAUAUCGCAGAUAGGGAUGUAGAUCGCGACACUUCUAAUGAGCAAACGGAUGUUCGGGAAAAGGGGAAGGGAGCUACACAAUUUAUGUGCCCUCAUGAAAAUCGUAGCCAUGAUCAGGGUGUUGCAGAUAGAAUCCAUGAUGUGGAUCCAACUCAGGUUAGAUAUCCUUUAAAGGAGUCCAGUCCCUACAACGAGUCAUUUCUGAAACAUUAUGGGCAUUCAGAUCGGUACAAAAGAGAAGAGGUAGACGGGUGGAAGGAUGCCCUUCUGGAGAUCUGUAAACGCUCAGGCUGGUCCAUCGAUCCAACUCAAGAAGGCUACGAAGCUUGGCUGGUAAAAACCGUUGUGAACGACCUCAUCAAAACAUUGGAUAGAGUGCCGUUAGAAGUCGCGGAGCAUCCAGUUGGAAUAGAUAGCCUGAAGAAUCUUCUCAUUCAGAAGGAUCUUAAUGCAAUGGAAAAGGUGCUUAAACUUGGCAUAUGGGAAAUUGGUGGCAUUGGCAAGACCACAAUUGCCAAGGCAGUCUAUAAUCAAAUUUAUGCUGGUUUUGAAGCUGCAUCUUUUGUAUCCAAUGUCCGUGCCACUGCUACAGAGGCCACAGGCCUUACAAAACUGCAGCAACAAAUUCUCAAAGAUUUAAUCAAUUAUGGUGAAGAAGUGGACAAUGUUGACAAGGGCAAAUCUUUGUUCAGAGAUCGUCUGGGAGGAAGACGUGUGCUGCUAGUUUUGGAUGAUGUGGAUGAUCGUGUGCACUUAAAAGCUUUGGUUGGAGAUUGGCUGGGCCAAGGGAGCAGAGUCAUUAUAACUUCUAGAGACCAACAUAUUCUGAAUGUUGCUCGGGCUGAUUGCAUCCACGAGAUGAGUGGAUUGGACAUAUAUGAAGGUCUUCAGUUGUUCAGUUGGCAUGCCUUUCUCAGAGCAUCGCCACAUCCUAGUUUCGAAGAUCUGUCCAAAGGAAAAGUGGAAGUCUGUAAAGGGCAUCCUCUUUCAUUUGAAGUAAUUGGAUCCUUCUUGUAUGAUAAGCAGGAUAACAGAGGUUGCUGGGACGAAGCUCUCCGCAACAUAACUUCCAAUCCAGACAUUUAUGACAGACUCUACAUCAGCUAUAGCGCUCUUAGUGAUGAUGAAAAAGAGAUAUUUGUUGACAUUGCUUGCAUUUUCAUAGGAGAGCUGCGAGAAUAUCCCAUUAUUUUCUGGAAAUCUUUGUAUGAUAAGGUAGAGACUGCCCUAUGUAAUCUUUCAAUGAAGUUACUGAUAAAGACUAAUUAUAGAGGUGGAUUUGAUAUGCAUGACCACUUGAGAGACAUGGGGCGCACCAUUGCUGAAAGAGAAAAAAAAAGGGUACCCAGCUAUGGGGAGCUGACUCGAGCAUCAUACCCAACAACAUCACUCGCCUUCAACUCAAGGGAUGCAAUAUGCAAAGGCUCGAAUUGCUGUACAGGCCCGGUCUUCGCUAUCUUUCUUUGCAGAAUGUGGGCAUUGGAGGCAUGACGAAAGACACACUGGCCAUGCUUCCUCCAACUUUAAUUUGGUUAAGGAUUGAACAUUGUCACUAUCCCAUUCAUGGGAUGAAUAGGUUUAAAAUGAAGACGCGUCACUCGGGAUUUGUAGGUAACAUUUGGCAAUUGAAGACUCUGCAAAUAACAUUCAGCGAUGAUGUUGAAAGCCAUCAUAUCUCCUCCCUAUUUUCACUUCCUAACAUACGGUUGCAGCACUUGAAUUUGUGAUGGUGUACUAACUUGAAUAACCUGCCUGAUACCAUUGGUAACCUCUCACAGCUGCAAAAUUUGGAUUUGGAAAGGUGUACUAAUUUGAGUAACCUCUUUGAUAUCAUUGGCAACUUCGAACUGCAAAAUUUGGAUUUGGAAAGGUGUAUUAAUUUGAGUAACCUUCCUGAUACCAUUGGCAAUCUCUCACAGCUCCAAAACUUGGAUUUGUGUGACUGUAAUAGCUUGAAAAACUUCCCCGAUUUCAUUGGUAACCUCUCACAGCUGCAAAACUUAUAUUUGGGAGGGUGUA